CACGCCGAACUAAAAGCAGGGGCUGGCCUUGACGGAGGAGGGCCAUCCAGCCGAUUUCUAUAGUUUUUUGUACACACACAGAGUAGAGAUGCGUGAAAGCACGCUGCUCUGACUCACACCAACAGACGUACGGAGGACUCCUCGUGGCUGAGCCCGGCCGGCAUCACAGCGCACACCCGGACCGUCAGAGAGGAAGAACAGCCACAGAGGGAGAAGUCGGCGAAGCGGGAAGCUUUGUGACCCCGAGUGAGGAAGAAGAAGGAGGAAACUGAGCCCGAACGAUGUCGGCGUUGAAGAAGAGAAACUCAAAUUCCUCUGCAGAGAGGGAAGAAGAGGACAAGCUGGCCACCGAAAUGAUGCUCCAGGGUGGAGCAUCGGACAGCGACGCCAAGAGCCCCAACAACGCCGCCGGAGGAGAGGGAGGGGGGCAAGGGGUCGCCCUGAAGAGGACCAUCACUCUGGUGAACGGCGUGGCCAUCAUCGUGGGCACCAUCAUAGGCUCGGGCAUCUUUGUCACCCCAACCGGCGUGGUGAAGGAGGCCGGCUCGGUGGGUCUGUCCCUGAUAGUGUGGUCGGUGUGCGGGGUGUUCUCCACAGUGGGAGCCCUCUGCUACGCGGAGCUGGGGACCACCAUCUCCAAGUCCGGCGGGGACUAUGCCUACAUCCUGGAGGUGUACGGCUCUCUGCCGGCUUUCCUCAAACUCUGGAUCGAGCUGCUCAUCAUCCGGCCGUCCUCCCAGUACAUCGUCGCCUACGUUUUCGCCACGUACCUCCUCAAGCCGCUGUUCCCCGUGUGCCCGGUGCCGGAGAACGGAGCCAAGGUCGUGGCCUGCCUCUGCAUCCUCUUGUUGACGUUUGUGAACUGCUACAGUGUGAAGGCGGCCACCAGAGUACAGGACUUCUUUGCCGCUGCCAAGCUCCUGGCACUUGGACUCAUCAUCAUCAUCGGCUUCGUCCAGAUUGGCCGAGGCAGCACAGACGGCCUCCUUCCAGAAAAUUCAUUCAAGGGGUCCAAAUAUGAGUUUGGUAGCAUUGGCCUGGCGCUCUACAGCGGCCUGUUUGCCUACGGCGGCUGGAACUACUUGAAUUUUGUUACUGAGGAGAUGAUUGAACCUUACAAAAACCUGCCUCGCGCCAUCAUCAUCUCUCUGCCAAUAGUGACUAUAGUGUACGUUCUGACCAACCUGGCAUAUUUCACCACCCUCUCCCCGGAGCAGAUGCUGGGCUCAGAGGCUGUGGCUGUGGACUUUGGCAACAGACACCUGGGUCCGAUGGCAUGGAUCAUCCCGGUGUUUGUAGGUCUGUCGUGCUUUGGAUCAGUCAACGGCUCUCUGUUCACGUCAUCCAGGUUGUUCUUCGUGGGUUCCCGGGAGGGCCACCUGCCCAGCCUGCUGUCAAUGAUCCACCCCACCCUGCUGACCCCACUGCCCUCACUUAUAUUCACUUGUCUGAUGACGCUGCUCUACGCCUUCUCCAACGACAUCUUCUCCGUCAUAAACUUCUUCAGCUUCUUCAACUGGCUCUGCAUCGCCAUGGCGAUCGUCGGGAUGAUGUGGCUCCGUUAUAAGAAGCCGGAGCUGGAGCGGCCAAUCAAGGUGAACAUUCUGCUGCCGGUGAGUUUCGUGCUAGCCUGCCUCUUCCUCAUCAUCGUUUCCUUCUGGAAGACUCCAAUAGAGUGUGCGAUAGGCUUCGGCAUCAUUGGUACUGGAAUUCCUGUCUACUUGAUCGGCGUGUGGUGGAAGAGCAAACCCAAGUGGCUGCUGCAUGGAAUCUUCUCGACCACAGCCUUGUGUCAGAAGGUGAUGGAGGUGGUGCCUCAGGCGUCCUAAAAGGCUUCGCCCUUUACACCAGCCAGUGGCCAACCGGCUUGCGCCAACACUGUCCUCUUGGCUCUGACAUCACAGCUGAUAAAGCUUGACCUAUGUUGACUCCAUUCACUCCCCUCUCUCUCUCUCCCUCUAUUUCUCUCCCUCUCAUAUACACACACACACACACAGACACACACACACACACCCUGUCUGCAGGGCACUGAUAAAGACCUGAUGAAGACAGAAACAAGUGUUUGAUACUACUGUAUCUUGGCGGUCAUCAACAAUCUUUCAGUUGUUUCUUUUGUUGCCAACGUUUUUUGGCUAGUUGAGUAUGGACUUUUUUUAGUCACUAACUAUCCAUUGUAGGCUGUUCAGUGUUGGUGUUGUUUUUUACAAUGCAUUUCAAUGAAUUGUUUCUAUUUUACGGUUGUUUUUUUUGUGAAUAAGUUCAUGUUAAAAAUCUCUCCUCAUUAGAAAACUGUUGUAUUUAGCAAGUUGUGCCUUACGUGGUGAAUGAAGGUGUAACUGUCAGCUGUGGCAGUAGUUGUCGAUGGUGUCUGAGGCUGCCGUCAGAGACCAUUAAAUCCUGCAAGCAUCCACAUUUAAUCUCCUGGAACCAACUUUUGCUUACAGGUAGAAGUUGGAGUUGUUGCUAAACAAGUUUAGUUUAGUCAAAUAUUCAUGAAGCUUUGCAUUGAAAACAUUUGUUCCUGCAGUCAUUACAACUUUUUAGCACUUUUAGUUAAAUCUUGUGUUGUCUGUUGUUGCUCUUCGGUCCAUGUUGUGGCCUGUUGGUCGCUGUAAUGCCCUGUCUGUUGAGUUUUAGUCCUGCUCUCUGUCGUUUAUUUGGGACUGAAUUUUGUUUUUGUUUUUUUAAAGUUGUCUAUGCUGCUGUAGGAGUAAAGUCGAAUGAAGAUCUCGCCGUGUUAGAGAUGUUUCCGUUUUCUCAUUUUUACAGUAACAAGACUGUCGACAAAUGUAUCCCAUUCAGUGGAGGUGUACUUUCAUUAGUCAGCUGAAUUAAACACAUGCAGUAAAUUAAGCUUA